UUUCAUUGUGUGCAAGACACACUGGGCAUGAAGCAGUACCAUCAUGAUUGGACUCUGUGUCACUCUAAUGCUUUUCUGUGUGUAUUUAACUCAGACUGAGGAGGUUACACAGCCUGGUCUCAUUCAGACAACACUACUUGGUAGCCAGGUGACCCUGCAUUGUUACUUGUCAAAAGAGAAAGCUGAUUAUACGGUUUGGCUCAAGCAGAGAAUUGGACAGAAGCCUCAAUACAUAGCAAUGUAUUAUUCAAAUUUAAAACGGGCAAUGUUUUAUGACCAAUUCAAAGAUAAUCCACGCUUUAUGGUAAAGAAUGACAAAAAACAAUUCCAUCUCAUGAUAUCAAGAACACAGCCUUCGGAUACAGCAAUGUAUUACUGUGGGAUAAUACGCACCAGUCAUGUGCAUUUCGGAAAUGGAACCUUUUUAAAAAUACAGGGUUCAGAGUUAAUAAGAUGGAGUGUUACACAGCAGCUUGUGUCUGUUCCAGUCCAGCCAGGAGAUAAUGUGACUCUGCAGUGUACAAUACACACUGAGACCUGUCCAGAUCAGCAUGAUGUUUAUUGGUUCAGAAAUAGCUCAAAAGAACCCUUUCCAAAAAUAAUUUACACCAAUGGAAGUAAGAGUGAUCAAGAGUGUGAGAGGAACUCUCUGGUUGGGUUUCAUACACAAUGCUGUGUAUAUAACCUUCCCAAGAUGAACCUCAGCCACUCUGAUGCUGGGACAUAUUACUGUGCUGUGGCCACAUGCGAUGGACUAUUGUUUGGAAAUGGAACACUUCUGGAAAUUACAGGAUGGAUUCUGGAUCCCCUUGUUAUUGGCUUGCUGGUGUCUAAUGCUGUGUGUGUGACUGUGAUUUCUGUCCUUGUCUAUGGAAGAUGGAAGAGAAAACGUGAACACUGUGAAGGAAACAUUGCUCAGCAUAAUCUCAAUAAUGGCACCACUACAAACGUCUCACGUGAACAGAAUGAGGUUACAGACAUGUUGAAUUAUGCUGCCUUGAACUUCAGUGAUGGUAAAGCUAAGUCUGAGAAGAAGACAAGAAAGACAAGCAAUAAGGCUAUAUAUGCCGAAGUCAGAUAUCAACAGCGGGAUUAAUUUGUUUUCAAUCUAUAAUUAUAAAAUUGACCUGGACAGUAAUGAAGCAUAAAUAUCUGAGUCACCAGUGAGCACACUGCCAGUGCUACUGCUACUUAUGACCAUGUAAAGGAACCAAAUGCUGAUGCCCCAUUAGCUUAUUCACAACCAUAGCACAUUGCAGAACAUACUGUAAAUGCCAAAGCUGACACACUGUGUUUUUUUCUCUACUUUCUUCACUUCUUUCCAGGAAAUAACCUACUUGAGGUCUGCUAACAUGGAUAGGUAGACAUUUUAUAAUUGUACAAAUAAA